CAUAUAAUACACAUAUGGAUUCUCUAAAAGCUUUAUCAUCUCUUCAUUGUGAGUUAAAGAUUAUGAGUGCUAAAAACAUCCAAGUAACCAACUCCAAUGGAUAUUUGUUUGUUAGAUGCUAUAUUUCAACCGAAAAGAACAAAAGGGUACGUAUAGACAGCCGAGAAAUUUCUUCUAAUGAAGUCGUUUCAUGGAACGAAGCGUUCGCCUUGAAUUGCAUAGGAGCAAACCAAUCUAUGGACAUGAUGAUUCACGGAAAGAUUGUUUUGGAGAUUCGUUGGAGAAGCAAUACAAUUUCUUUGUUUAGCGCGUCGUCGUCACAACUUCUUGGAAGAGCUGAAGUGUGUUGGAGAGAUAUUUUCGACUCGCCAAAGAUGGAAAUGGAAAGAUGGGUGAUGAUGAAAUCAAAGAAAAAAGAUGUAAAAGCACCAUCCCUAAGAAUAUCUAUGAAGAUUGAAGUCCCUCAAAGUGUAGUAUUGGUUGAAAAGAGAAAGAACAAGAAAGGUGAAGAAAGAUGUGCUUGUUGCCAUGAUGAUUGUUGUAAUAAUACUUGUGUAGAUAGUGAACUUUUUGUAAUAGGAGCUGCAUUGGAUGCAUUUUAGAUAAAAUAUGAUAUGAAAUACAUAGAAUUUUCUAGCGAGGAUUUGGAUAAAGAAAAAUAUGUAAGUUAUAGCUUUUUUUUUACCUUUCCUCAUCAUGUAUCCUAUAGUUAUCCGGGUAACUUUUGUAAUUCUUAGAUUUAUGGUUUAUGGA